AUGGAUGGUGUCAAGACAGCGAACGCGUUGUAUCGUGGCUGGCGCGCUGCUGAGGUACAAAACGAGGCGCGGCGUAGAGCGACUUCCAAACGUCAUCAUAACUCUGCAGUCGCCCAGUACCUGGGAUUCGGAAAUUUAGAAGAGCCUGCACAUCUGGAAAAGUAUGCCCCACUACCGGCUGGCUACACUCGUCCAAAAUCAUCUCGCAAGCGAAGGAAACUAGCAACUGUCGACAAUUCGUCUCAUCGCCCACGGAACAUCACUAAUGGCGAGCCUGAUAUCAGCAAGCAAUUCCUCUCCCAAGUUAUACAAAGGCCUGUCUUGAAGCCCGCUGCAGACCAAUUGCAGGUCUACUCGAAUGACUCACUGUCCCCGAGCUCACCUCAAACAGUGGCGUCACAGACUCUACCAUUACAAACACUACUCCAAAAUAUCAAACAGUCACAGAGUACCUGUUAUGCAUAUCAUACUCUGGGGCAGUACAGAAAGGCUGCCGCAAGUCGAGUGCCCAAUGAAGAGAUGAUGCCUGGCCCAGAUCCACUGAAUCACAUUGAAUCAAGCCCUUUCUGCGAGCCUGGGCAUUCUGAUCACCCUGGUUCCGACCCGUGGCAGCAUAUCGAUGGAAAUACUGUUCCAGAUGAAGAUGAUUUCGAUUGUGGCAUUCUCGAUGAAGACUUCCUUGACCUGAUGCACGAAACAGACUUCACGCUCUCUAUGUACCCGUCUAAAUCCACAGAUAAUUUGCAAGGCAGGGUUGGGAAACAAGUGAGGCCUUCACUUCCAGGUGUCACGCCAAAAAGACUUGAUGUGAAUACCAGCCAAAAUCAUUCACACCGUUCGUCUACCAAGUUCAAGUCACCUUUGACUCUGACGUCUCGGCUGCUGGCAAUCACCGGGGAUGUCGAAAAACCCGAUGCGCGUAAGCCGAUCGUAAGGCCUCCAUUUCCUAUAGCCGUUCGGGACCGGUCGCCUAUCAUAGGUCUCUCAUCAAAUACGUUGUUGAGGACAUGCUUUCGCAUUGGAGAAAUUAUCAAUCAAUGCUCUCAGAUGCUGAGAACUGGAAAAGCUGUCAUUUUCGAGCUCUAUGCGAGAGUCCUUGAGUCGGAACGAACUGAUAUGCAGCAAACGUUCACUUUCUGUGACCUUUUCCACGCCAAGCCUCCUCAUGUUAAGGGCACUUAUCAUGCGACUAUCUGGGCAUCAGUUCAGCUAUUCGAAUAUGAUGCCAGUCGCCUCCUGCAAAAGGGGCGGAUCUGUCGAUGCAUUGGCACGAUGAAGCGUGUCGAUAGGGAAUGGGUGAUGACGAUACUCAACAUUUGGGAGGCUACCUGGGAAGAUGUUCAAUGGGUGCAGGGCAUUGUGGAGCUCUAA